GUGGGCAGACAAGGACCCAAUUCAGUGCGCAGUUAUGUGGGUGAGGAGCUGACACUUGUGGCGACAGUGAUCAUUGACAAGGUUCCCACGGCCGCCACCCCGUUGCUGGGCGUGAGCAUGCAUGGUUUUUCACCCAGGAAACAUCUCGUGCUGCGGUACGACGAGCGUCGGCACUGGAAGACGAGGUUCGGGGAAGAAGAGAAUGCAUCAGCAGCUGCCUGGGAGGUGGGGACGGUGUACCGAGUGGCGCUCACGGUGCAGAAAGGCGGCGGCUCGGCGUACGUCGACGGGCAGCUUGUGGGGAGUUUGGAGGCGAACCGCCCAUCUGAUUCGUUACGACCGCCUCUGCCUCCGCCUCCGCCUCCGCCUCCGCCUCCGCCUGGAUGGGGGGUUGGGCCGAGAAUACAAUCUGAACUGGUCUCAGGCAUCGUCUUUGGGGGUUACGAUGAAGACACCGAGGAAGACGCGGAGAGCCACGUGACGGUGAAGAACGUCUUGCUGUACAACCGCUGCUUCAACGGCAGUGAGAUUGAGGCACUGGUGAGGAGGAAAGAGAGCGGGGCGGCGCCAGGCCCGAACAACGCCUCUGCCCCACAUGCCAAGAGGGUUUCGGAGGCAGCGCCAAAGGAGGUUGACGGCGGCGACGGCUCUGUGCGUGGGCAUCUGUCUGGGAUGCUGUUGCCGCUGCUUCUGCUGCUUGGGCUGUGGGGCUUCUCCGCGCUUUUCUGA